GUUAACAGGGAUAUUGUGUCUGGGCUGAAGUACGUCCAUCUGACCUACAGGAAAGGAAUCAGAGUGGACAAGGCGGUGUACAUGGUGGGCAGCUACGGGCCGCGGGUGGAGGAGCACGAGUUCAUGACCCCGGUGGAGGAGGCGCCCAAAGGCAUGAUUGUCAGAGGCAGCUACCACAUCAAGUCCCACUUCACCGAUGACGACAAGACCGACCACCUCUCCUGGGAGUGGAACCUGGGGAUCAAGAAGGACUGGGACGAAUAGAGAGGAGCCUCAUUUCUCUCUCCCUCCUUCCAUCUCCCUGUGUCUCCACCUCUCCCUUUCCCUUCCAUCCUUCCUUCUUA